CCGCUUCCAGUCAUUUUUUCCAUUGUUGAAAUCUCCCAAAGGCCAAAACCCCAUUUCGCUCUGCUCUUCACAGUCCGCGAGUCGCAACACACCAGGAAAUCCAUGUAGAAAGAUUCCUUUUUCUUCUUCUUCUCCGGAAGCCUCUCUGUCAUUCUCAGAAAAGAUGCAGCCAGGAGGAUUUACUGAUGGUGGAGCCGCCCCCUCUGAUUUGGGCCAGCUCCAGGCUACCAUGCACGCCAUUGAGCUUGCUUGCACUUCCAUUCAGACGCAGUACAAUACAUCUGCUGCUGAGGCAACUAUUUUAUCGCUAUCCCAGGCACCUCAGCCGUAUAAAGCAUGUAAAUUCAUUCUUGAGAAUUCUCAGGAUCCAAAUGCCAGGUUUCAGGCUGCUGCAGCAAUUCGGGAUGCAGCUAUCAGGGAAUGGAGUUUUCUUGCAGCUGAUGAUAAGAAGAAUUUAAUUAGUUUUUGUCUAUGCUUUAUUAUGCAACACGCAAGUUCAAUUGAGGGUUAUGUUCAAUCAAAAGUUUCCUCAGUGGCUGCCCAAUUGAUGAAAAGGAGUUGGCUUGAUUUCACGGAUGCCGAGAAGGCUGCUUUUCUUCACCAGGUAAACCAGGCUAUUCUCGGUGUGCAUGGUAUGGAUGUGCAGUACACUGGAAUCAACUUCCUGGAAUCUUUGGUAUCCGAGUUUUCUCCUUCUACUUCAAGUGCUAUGGGUCUUCCUAGAGAGUUCCACGAGCAGUGUCGGAAAUCAUUAGAGCUGGACUAUCUGAAGACAUUGUACUGUUGGGCACGGGAUACGGCUUCUAAUGUCUCGAAUAUAAUAAUUGAAUCUGAUGAUGCAGUACCUGAGGUUAAAGUUUGUACUGCUGCGCUUCGUCUCAUGCUACAAAUCCUGAACUGGGAUUUUCGAUACGACACCAGUGUUGCAAAAGGUGGUGUCAAUGUAUUCUCUUCUGGAAUUAGACCUUACAAUGCUUCAUCAAAGAUGUCCGAUAGUACUUUGGUCCAACCCGGUUCUGCAUGGCGUGAUGCCUUGAUUUCAAGUGGUCAUGUUGCAUGGCUCUUGGGCUUAUAUGCAGCAUUGAGACAGAAGUUCUCAUGUGAAGAUUACUGGCUUAAUUGUCCUGUUGCGGUUGCUUGCCGAAAGCUUAUUAUACAGUUUUGUUCCUUGACAGGAACCAUAUUUCCUUCUGACAGUGCGCUAAUACAGGAGCAUCAUUUGCUGCUACUAUUAUCUGGGAUAAUCAUGUGGAUUGAUCCACCUGAUGCUGUUUCAAAAGCAAUUCAAUGUGGAAAAAGUGAAAGUGAAAUGCUUGAUGGUUGUCGUGCUUUGUUAUCUAUUGCAACUCUAAUGACCCCUAUCACAUUUGACGGUCUCCUAAAAUCCAUAAGGCCCUUUGGCACGAUUACCCUGUUAUCCAACUUGAUGUGUGAAGUAUUGAAAGUGCUUAUGACUAACAACACAGAUGAGGAGACAUGGAGCUGGCAGGCUCGUGACAUCUUGUUAGAUACGUGGACCACCCUACUUGUGCAAGUAGAAAGUACUGGAGCGAAUGAAUUACUUCCUCCUGAAGGGACCAGUGCUGCUGCCACUCUGUUCGCCUUGAUUGUUGAGUCUGAUCUAAAAAUGGCAUCUGCAUCGGCGAUGGACGAUGAUGAUGAAUCUGAAUAUCUUCAGGCUUCCAUUUCUGCAAUGGAUGAAAGAUUAAGUUCUUAUGCCCUCAUUGCAAGAGCAGCAAUCAACAGCACUGUUACUUUACUCAUAAGGAUGUUCUCUGAACGCUUUGCACGGGUUCAUCAGGGCAGGGGCGCUUUUGAUCUUACUCAAACUCUGGAGGAACUUUACUCUCUGUUGCUAAUAACGGGGCAUGUACUCGCAGAUGAAGGGGAGGGAGAAACACCCUUGGUACCAAAUGCCAUCCAAUCUCAUUUUGUUGAUGCCAUGGAAGUAGACAAGCACCCUAUUAUUCUGCUGUCUAGUUCUAUUAUCAAGUUCGCUGAGCAAAGUUUAGAUCCAGAUAUGAGGGCAUCAGUUUUUAGUCCUCGACUUAUGGAGGCCAUCAUAUGGUUUCUUGGAAGAUGGUCCCAGACAUAUUUAAUGCCUCUUGAUAUUGGAGACAGCAAUUUAAGUUUUGGUCACGGACGCGAGCAUCACCCUCAGCUGCUUCAGUCCAGAAAGGUUUUAUUCAGUUUUUUUGGAGAACAUGGUCAGGGCAAACUUGUACUUGACAUUAUUGUUCGUAUUUCUGUGUCGACACUCAUUUCAUAUCCUGGGGAGAAGGAUUUGCAGGCCCUCACUUGCCACCAGCUACUUCAUGCACUGGUCAGACAAAGAAGUAUUUGUGUUCAUCUAGUUGAACUUGAGUCUUGGCAUGGCCUAGCAAAUGCUUUUGCUAAUGAGAGAGCUUUAUACUUGUUAAACGCUGCUAAUCAGCGUUCACUUGCUCAAACCCUAGUUCUUUCUGCUUCUGGAAUCAGGAAUUCAGAAGCAUCGAAUCAAUAUGUAAGAAAUCUCACUGGUCAUAUGACAUCAUAUCUGGUGGAAAUGUCUAAAAAGAAUGACCUAAAACGUGUUGCUCAACACCCGGAUGUCAUCUUAUAUACCAGUUGCUUGUGGGAGCGGCUUCGUGGAGCAGCCAGUGCGACAGACCCUCGAACUCAAAGGGCAGUUUAUGAAAUGGGUUUCUCUGUAAUGAAUCCUGUUAUAGUUCUUCUUGAGGUGUACAAGCAUGAGUCUGCAGUCGUUUACCUGCUACUUAAAUUUAUUGUCGACUGGGUGGAUGGGCAAAUUGCCUACCUAGAGGCUCAAGAAACCGCUGCUGUUAUUGAUUUUUGUACACGCUUGCUUCAGCUUUACUCAUCUCAGAAUAUAGGCAAGAUAUCAUUGAGUCUUUCAAACAGCUUACUUAGUGAAGAGAAGACUGAAAAGUACAAGGACGUGCGUGCUCUCCUUCAACUUCUAUCUCGUCUUUGUUCGAAAGAUAUGGUUGAUUUCUCGUCAGAUUCAAUUGAAACGCAUGGCACAAAUAUAUCGCAGGUUGUUUAUUUUGGCCUUCACAUAGUUACCCCACUGAUAUCUUUGGACCUACUGAAAUAUCCGAAGCUUUGCCAUGAUUAUUUCUCACUGCUAUCACAUAUGUUGGAGGUUUAUCCUGAAACAUUUGCACAACUAAACAGAGAUGCCUUUGCUCAUGUACUUGGAACUUUAGAUUUUGGUCUUCAUCACCAGGAUGGCGACAUCGUUAGUAUGUGCCUGAGAGCACUGAAAGCUCUUGCAUCCUAUCACUACAAGGAGAUGGGCGCGGGCAAAGUAGGCUUGGGUUCUAAUGCUACAGUUGUCAAGGAUGCAAACCGAAAUUUACAGGAAGGACUUUUAGGUCGGUUCCUUCGUCUGUUGCUCCAGUUACUCCUUUUUGAGGAUUACAGUCCUGAUCUGGUGAGUGGUGCGGCAGAUGCUCUCUUUCCAUUGAUCCUUUGUGAGCAAAGCCUGUACCAGAGUUUCGGAAAUGAGUUGAUUGAAAGGCAGGUGAAUCCGACAUUCAAAGCAAGGCUUGCAAAUGCAUUUCAGAACCUGACAAGCUCAAACCAGCUCUCUUCUACUCUCAAUCGUAUGAACUACCAGAGAUUUAGAAAAAAUCUAAAUAACUUCCUGGUUGAAGUUCGUGGGUUUCUGAGGACAAUAUGAUGCGAGUAAAUCCGCUGUGUAAAAAAAGGGAGAAUCAUUAUCAUCUAAUUUUGCGUGCCAUUAAGGUGAAAGUGAAAUUUUGGGUUCAAAUUGAAAUCCCAAUUUUUGUGGGCAAUAUGUUGUAGUUACUUAUCCAUUGCUUGUUGAUAUUGGACUGAUUGCAAGGAUGAUACCACCCAAUUAGGUAAUUUUUUAGCCAAAAAUUAGUGCGAAGCACAGAUGUUUUUCCAGAUCCAUAUAUUUACUGGCUAUUUCAAUCCUUGGAGUUAUGAGUGUCCCAUUCUUGGCUGGGAACUGAUAGUACAACAAUUUUUGAAGGCCGACCGUAGAUUGAGUAAGGUGAACUUAUUAUGUUCUU